CGGAGAGCGCGGCCGCCGCGGCGAGGACGGGUCUCGGCAGGUCUCGGCAGAGACCAUGGACGCGCACAUCCAGGAGAGAUGGGUCCGAAGGGCGCUGCGCCGCCUGUUCUUCGAGUAAACUGCCCGCCCUCCCCGCCCCGCCGGCCGCACAGCAGCCGCAAGGGCGUCAAGACGCAACGAUCCCGGCGGCGGCUGCAGGGGACGGGCAGCCGCCGGCGAGCAAAGAGCUUCCCGUCCCCAACGAGGAGACCGACACUCUGCGUCGGUCCAGACACGAAGCCUGAGCGGCUUGGCCGACCUCAACACGGAGGCUCACGACCGAACCUCCUGGAGAAGGACCGACCAUCAGACAAGCCCAUAAGGACGAAACCACUUUCUGAGAUGGGUCUUGCUCUUCAUGAAGUCCAUGUCAUAAAAGUGACGGGGACGUCGCAGAAAUGUUCCAGGUUCGAGACCAGGGACUCCCAGCAACUAGCCCACAUCUGCCCCAGACGGCGCCGGGGCCUUGCGCGGGGAAAGCGUAGGGAAGAUGCGGUCGCUGCGCCACGGCGGGCCGAGAGCGAGCGCGGGGAGACGGUCCCGCGCUCAGGACGCGGCGCCUCUCCCCUCGGCACUCAGACCCUCCCGCUCCGGCCCGGGCCUAGGCAGGCUUCAGUCUUCAACCCUUGCCUCUUUCCCAGCUCCUUCUCAAGGGCCAGACGCACGCAAACUGCUCCUGCGAAAACACCAACAGCUCCGGCCUGGACGCUGGUGGUCAGUCGCACAGGAAGCGGCCGCCCCACCCUCCCGCACCUCAGGCCGCCGGAGCCGAGCCGAGUCUCGCUUUCAGUGCCCCACGGACACGUCACGCGUCGGAAGUCAUCUCACUGCACUGCCCUCCCUCCUCCGCCCGCGGAAAGGAAACCGCAUUUGGUGGCAUUUGGUGGCGAUGCGUGUCCCCUGGGCUCCGCGCACACGGGCACUCUCCAGAGCCGCUCGUGGGAAUGGAAACAGCCCGGUCUCCUGAAAGGUGGGACCGCCACGACUACUCGGAACCUGAACUUCUUACAACCGACUGGCUCAAGCCCCCAGUACAGGAAAGACACCAAUGCCCUCGCCCUCUUGCAGAACCUCCCAUUCCUGCGCCGCUCUGCUCCUGCUCGGAGACCAGGUGCGAACAGGUAAGGAGACACAGUCUCGCGGACAGAGAAGCAGCGCAGACAAGGACAGUGACCUAGCCAAGGUCACCGGGUGAUUUGGGAGAGGAGCUGGAAGCAGAAGGCAGUCGCUGGAUCCCCAGGCAGGCCGACGCCCCCAGCCCCGGUGGGCUUUUACCAGAAAGUUCUCCUCCCAUGACUUCCGCCCCUGUUCUGCCAAACUGAUACAAGGGGUGAUGAGGACGGCUCAUUGCCAUGCUCGGGUAGCAGCUGUUCCCCAGCUGCCGCCAGCCCCAGGGGAUCUGGCCCGAGGCCCAGGCUCUGCAAAGACAGUGCACGUGGAUGCAGCCCUGAUAAGAGGCUCCUAAGCGGCCUGGGGGGAGGCAGAUGAGUGGGUAGAACCAAGCACGUGUACUCAGUUACAGGGUGAACCAAGCCGGGGGUUACAGACUUAUGCCCCGAAAGAGCAUGAGAGUCAGAGCGCUUAGCAGGGGUAGAGGCCCACCCUGAAAGCCUCUUGCCAGCUCCGGGUCACGGGAGUGUAUCACUGGUCACCCGUCACAUCCAAAGACAAGUGGCCUCCAGGACACAAGUAGGAAGAGUGCCCUGCGUCGAAUGGUGUAACUUGGGCAUUCCACUGGCAUUCCAGAGGAAGAACCAAGGCUUGAAAUAAGCAGAAAGUAGAAGCACCCUUGGCCCCUGUGACCACGCUGACACUCCCCAGGGUAGGAAACGUCAGGCCACCCUUACCAGAGCGAGAGGUAGUGCAUUGCUCGCCACGCGGCCUGGCUACAGAACAGCAGUAGAGGUCCCAGGUCUGUACGGAACGGAAGUAAUCUUUAUAAAGGAAGCGUCCGGAAAGGCCAGCUCCCAUUUGUCUAAAUGCACACCUAGAGGUGACUUGUCCUCCAACCCCGACACGCCAUCCGCGGUCACCACGGAGCAGUGGUAACACGCUCCAGAUCCAUCACUGUCCCUGCAUGUGGGGCCGCCAGACAGCCUGGCAACGUGGCAAAGAGGGAGGAAUGAAUGAGUCAUCUUGUGACAAACGAUCGGCCCCUUCCUGCCAGGCUGCAAUGCAUCAGAACCUCAGGAGGACAGCACUCUCCAACAUCCCCACGAGAAGAAAAAGGCAAAGAAUAAAAACCACUCAAGUGAAUCAGAAAGGAAAGCCAAGCGGGGAAUAUAAGCAGAUAAACAGACGCCUUAAGGUCUUUGGGGGCCCAGCGGGGCAGCGAGUGCAACAUCGUGGCACAGGGCUCCCCGAGAGCCCUUCAGCAAGGCGACCCAUGCCCACCUUAAAUAAAGAGCAGAAAGAGAAGCUGGCUGGAGGCCUCCACAGCCACAGGCACUGGCCCAUCGCUCAUCUCUCUCUGGAAGGAUGGGAAGCAGCCUUCCCCAAGGAGCCACCCACUUCACAGCACUGUCCCUCUCCUCUGCUCCUGAAGCACACGUUUCCAUGAGAAAUGGGGCCCCUCCCUGUCCCCACCCUGCAUGCACUGGGACCCUAGCACGGGGCGGUGGGCCUAUGGGCAGCGCCCUCUCUGUGGGUGUGGGAAACACCCCCAAAUCUAGCCCCCUCCUAGACCUAAGAGCACACGGGCUACACAUGCACUUUUUAAACAUGUAGACCCUCUGCUAGGAACCCCUAGCUCUAGUACGGGUGACCCCAGGCUGCCACUCAGUCUCAUCCUUGCCAGUGGCUGACGGCUGGCUGGCUGCUCCCCCAAACCCCUUCUCCUUCCUGUGUAAUCACAGCUGUGGCAGAACACAGGGCUGCCUGAGAGGGGGACCUGCUCCCUAGGAGUAGGUCCCGCCACACUGUACUGCUGCUAGCAGACAGGGAUCCUGCGCUCCGUGAUGCAGCUCAGCCCAAUCUGGCCUUCAGACCCUGGAAGGGUGGUUGUUGCCCUUCACUGUGCCCUUUUCCUUCCCUCGAGAACACACCAGACACAUGUGCGUUCGUUUCAGCUGGAGGUCCUGACGACAUAAGGAGGUGCGACACCCGCAGAAUGGCAGGCUGCCUGGAGCCCGGGGCCAGGAUGACCUCUGGGGCAAGAGGGUUCCUGGAGCCCAACCCAACCAGUGACCACCACACAGAGAGAUAAAUCUGACCACACCCGUCUCAUCUUCCCUGAUGCAGCCCCGAGGACACAACUGUUGCUCUGGGCACAUGCACCAGCACAUGGGUCUCUCAGCCCCACAACCGCACCCCCAGCUCUGACCGAGGAUCCCAAAAGCCCCUGGGGUAUUUCUCUGUAUGGUCCAACAUAGAAAUUAAAGUC